AUGAAUUAUGAUAAAAAAUGUGAAGCGGCUGUCGUAGUUGUUGGCGAUGUUGGUCGAAGUCCCCGAAUGUGCAAUCAUGCAAAAAUGCUCGCCGAUGAAGGAUUUCUUGUCAAAAUUUUUGGAUUUUGCGAUUCUCUCCCGGGAAAAGCAAUUAAAGAUCAUCCGAAUAUUCGAAUUUCGCCAAUUUUACCGCCUCCGGAAUUGGCAUUUCUUCCCGUUUUUGUUCAAUUGCCAAUUAAACUUGUAUGGAAUUUCGUUUUUCUGACAUUCGCUCUGCUUUUCAAAACAAGUUUUUCGAAUUUGCGAGUGGUUUUGAUGCAAAAUCCGCCAGCUCUCCCAACAAUGCCAGUUUGUUUUCUGAUAGCUAAGUUGAAAAAUGCAAAAUUUUGCAUCGAUUGGCACAAUUAUAUGUUCUCGAUUCUUCGCGAUAAAUAUGACUUGACGGAAGCGCAAAUAACCGGCGAAGGCAACAAUGGAAAUUCGAUGAAAAUUCGAAUUGUUCGAAUCGUGCGCUAUUUGGAAGGCAUUUGCGGGCGAUUAUCUGAUAGGAAUCUAUGUGUGACAAAUGCGAUGCGAAAUGACUUGAAACAACAUUGGGGCAUUGAAGCGAACACAUUUUAUGAUAGGCCGCCCUCGUGGAAAUUUAGUGAGCCGACGAUCGAAGAAAUUCAUGAAUUAUAUCAAAGACUACAAGAAAAAGAAGAUGGCGCUGUAUUGAAAAACGAUUUGAUUGACGAAAGUGAAACUUUGAUAACUCAAAAACUCGAAAAUGGCACAAUCAUUAAACGAGAACAUCGUCCACUUGUUCUUCUCUCAUCGACAUCGUGGACAGCAGAUGAGAAAUUUGAGAUUCUUCUUGAUGCACUUUUUGAAUACGACAAAAUUGCGGCCGAUCGUUCUCAAAAUUUUCCGCGUUUAUUUGUGAUCAUCACUGGUAAAGGGCCGCUCAAACGAAUGUACAUGGAACAAAUUGACAAAAAACAACUCAAAUUCGUUAAUAUCUACACCCCUUGGUUGGAAGCCGAAGAUUAUCCGAAAAUGAUUGCGAGCGCCGAUUUGGGAAUUUCGCUUCACACAAGCACUUCUGGCUUGGAUUUGCCUAUGAAGGUUGUAGACAUGUUCGGAGCAAAGGUGCCUGUGCUCGCAAAGAAGUUUCGGUGUAUCGCCGAGCUCGUCAAGGAAGGUGAUAAUGGAUAUCUGUUCGAAAAUUCAGAUCAACUCCUGGAAAAACUCAAGCUAAUCGCAAAAGGGUUUCCAACAAAUUUGAAAUUGUUAAAUUUGAAGGAGAAUGUCGUGAAGAACAAAUUUGAGACUUGGGAGGAAAUGUGGAAUCGAGAAGUGAAAGAUAUUCUCCAACUCCCUUCGGAAUUUGAUAAUCGUCGUCAAAUUCAAAAACUAAAAUCGAUUUAUAUUGUUGCAAUUGGGAUUCUGUCGAUAUUUGUGUUCGGCAUUAUAUACGUUAUUUUGUUAAGAAUGGGUAAAUUUAUUUGA